UUAUAAAGGAAUUGAUACGAUGUAUAAUCUAGAGUUAAAUAAAAUAAUAAGACAAGUGAUAAACAAACGUGCCACGUAUUUACCAUUCCAAAACAUAACCCAUGUCUUAGCGUAAGGCGUAAGUUUACCGUGACAGUUAAAUAAAUUUAUAAAUAAUAAAACCCUCUUCGUCUUUCUUCUCCGAUUAAGUUGCAGAAGAACAGCAACAAUGGCGAAAGCUCUCCGCUGCAUAUUUUUUUGAUCCUUUUCUUUUUCUUUUUCUCUUCGUUUUUGAUCACUGUCGAGAAAUGGAGAAUCCGGUGGGUUUAAGAUUCCGUCCGACCGACGAGGAGAUCGUCGUCGAUUACCUCCGACCAAAAAAUCUCGAAAGGGACACGAGCCAUGUCGAUCGAGUCAUUAGCACAGUCACUAUCCGUAGCUUUGAUCCUUGGGAGUUACCUUGCCAGUCGAGGAUAAAACUGAAAGAUGAGUCUUGGUGUUUCUUCAGCCCUAAGGAGAACAAAUAUGGCAGAGGUGAGCAACAGAUUAGAAAAACGAAAUCUGGGUUUUGGAAGAUUACUGGUAAACCAAAGGCUAUCAUGCGUAAUCGCCAAAAGAUCGGUGAGAAAAGAAUUUUGAUGUUUUACUACAGUAAGGAACUCGGUGGAUCUAAAUCCGAUUGGGUUAUGCACGAGUACCACGCUUUCUCUCCUACUCAGAUGAUGAUGACAUACACAAUCUGUAAAGUUAUGUUUAAGGGUGACGUGAGAGAGAUUCCUUCUGCUUCUUCUUCUUCUUCUUCUCAUGGUAGUGGAAUUGAGCAGAGUCGUCCCUCUUUAAUCCCUCUUCUUGAGAACAAUUCUGAGGGAUCGUCCUUUCACAGCCAAGAGUUACAGAAUCCAAGUCGGGUUGGUGAUGUGCAGCAAGAAGCUCAAAUCGAGGAUGCUAUACCGAGAGAGGAAUGGGAAACAUGGUUGAAUGAUGAUGAUGCUGGUGAACAGAGGAGUAUCAUGUUUAUGCAAGAUAAUCGCAAUGAGUACAGACCUCCAAAGUCAUUAACUGGUGUCUUCAGUGAUUAUAGCAGUGAUGAUAAUGAUUCGGAUUUGCUAUCUGCAACUACGAAUUCUAUUCAAACUUCGAGCACUUGUGAUAGUUUUGGUAGCUCAAAUCAUCGCGUAGACAAAAUCAAAGACCUGAAACAAUCUCCUAAAUCAACAAUCAAGUUAGUGUCACUAACUCAAGAGGUGAGCCAAGCUCUGAUAACCAGUAUCGAUACACCCGAGAAGAAGAAGAAUCCUUCUAAUGAUGCACAAGAGACUGAGAUUGGAGAGCAUAAAUUGGGUCAAGAGACGAUCAAGAAGAAAAGUGCUGGUUUCUUUCACAGGAUGAUACAAAAAUUCGUCAAGAAAAUUCACCUUUGUUCUUCUAUCUCAAGAACUUGAUAGCAAUAAAAGUGGUCAAAAACACCUUUUCUACUUUCCAAAAUCUGUACAAGUAUAUGUUAUGUCUUUCUUGUUUUUUAAGUUUUCCGUACUGUAUGUGUGUCCUAAUAUUAUAUAAAAAUGGUGAAUUUAUGAUAAGAAAGUGGUUAGAGAAGACAA